AGUACCAUGGCUUCCUACUUCGUGUUCUCAGUCCAGCUGCUCCUGCUGAUCUCAGCUUCAUCCGCAUCACACUACUAUGGAGGCUCUAUGACAUUUGUUCCCAAAGGAAGAACCCCGAAUGGGUCACUUCAGGUGGAUCUACAUUUCAGAGAAACCUACAGUAACUGCUAUCAUUACUUCGAUUGGAGAUGUUGGAGCGGCAACUGUGGCCAAAAAUUUGCAUCACAGACUGGUGUUAUCGACACUAGCACUAAUUCAGCACCAUAUACAAAUGGUUGGUGCGAAAUGGAAAUAGUGGAGUCAAGAUAUUUCCCCAGUGACGAUCCCUUCGUAAUGAGGAAAGCUGGCUGCUGUUGGAUUUACAAUGUGAAUCACAUGGGGUCCUGGAGACUGUUCACACAUGUGGACUUGAAGCGAAGAUCUGAUUCCUGGCAGUUAAACAGCUCUCCAAAUAAUGCUAUCCUACCUUUUCUGAGAGUUCCUUCAAACUGCCCAAGAUCAUACCACCUCAUGACAGUAGACCCUGAUGGCGAUCAAGUCAUAUGCAGAUAUGGAACCAUCCCUCAUAUAGAAUGCUCAAGAUGCUUGCAACCGACGGGUUUCUACCUGGAUGAGGGCACUUGCGUCCUACACUACGGAUUCACUGAAUACACUGGGAUAUAUGGGUUUGAGUUGGUAGUAGAAGACUUUCCAAGAAGCACCAUCACCUUGACCUCCACCAAUGGAACUCAAACCACAAGGUCUCCCCUGGCUGCAGCACGACGCAAACGUGCAGUAUAUGGCACAACUGCCGUUUUCCCUAGGUGGUGGACCACUACAUCUGCCGGAUAUGCCACCACAAGUUCACCCACCACCACAAGUUCCCCCAUCCCCCCUACAAACCCUUGGUGGAAGCCAACUCAAGCUCCACCCAACAGUAACACCAACCCUUGGUGGUGGUGGCCAGCUCCAGCCUCACCCACCACGACAACAAGUUCACCCACUGGCUCUACCCACCAAAGGUGGCAAUUGUCAGCUCAAAGUCUACCCGUCACCACCAACACACCAAACACCCAAACAACAACAACAACAACAACAUCUUCUACCAGUACAAAUGCUCCCUUGCAGGCCAUAACCAGACGACAGUAUCCUGUUCCCCUCAGUAAACUUCCUCUGCAAUUUUCCCUUCUUGUGGAUUCGCCUGCUCCGUCCUGCACUGAAGGAGAGUACCUGCCUAGGUUUGUUUACCCAACACCAAGUCAUGGAGACCAUCUGAAUGCUCAAGUCAAUGAAGAAUUUGAAAUGAGGAUCAAAGCCCAAGCUUCACAAUCAAUAGUAGGGGAUAUCAUCUUCAGUGGACCCCUGAAUACCACCAAACGUAGGAUCGCACAGGGAGAGUUUUACAUUCGAUGGACCCCUACUCAAGACAAUCUCGGAGACCAUGUUCCAAUUUGCUUUAUUGCUGAAGCAACUCUUUCGUCUCAGAAGUAUCAGUCUGAAAUGCGAUGUGUUGUGCUGAAUGUUGAACAUGUUAAAGCCCACAUGACCUGCAAUGAAACCUCAAUGACAGUAGAGUUGGAUAAAGCCUCAUUCAACGGGCUCAGUGAAGAUCACCUGCAGCUGAUUGAUUCCAGCAGCACAGCCUGCAGUCUACACUCCAAUGGCACUCAUGUCAUUGGUAUCAUCCCUCUAAAUGCAUGUGGCACUACGAUUGAGGAGGAUAAUGAUAAUCUCAUCUUCAAGAAUGAGAUCACCACUUUUGAAGAUGUCAGAGACAUCGUAACCAGGAAACAUCUGUUGGAAAUUGGGUUUUCCUGCCAGUACCCAAAGCGUGGAAAUGUAACCCUGGGGUUCACAAUACACAGGGACAACUUUACAUUAAUAGAGCGGGGCUUUGGGAUGUUCACCUAUAGCUUUGAAUUCUACCCAGACAACCAUUUUGGCACAAUGGUCAGUCCCAGUUUAUACCCACUGGACUAUGAAGUUGGAGAGAAGAUUUACAUGCAAAUACAAGCCACGUCUUCAGUCAAUAACACUGUGCUGUUCGUGGAGUCCUGCAGAGCUUCACCUUACGAUAACCCAAAUUACCAGCCAAACUACCCCAUCAUAGAGAAUGGGUGUAUAAUGGACCCCACAGUUGUCAUCUAUUCCCCAAGUCAUAAUAAACAGUUUCGGAUUUCAAUUGAUGCCUUCAAAUUCAUAGGAAUACAUGACCAGGUGUACAUCAGCUGUUCGGUCAUUCUAUGUGAGGCUGGGAACAACAACACCAGGUGCGCCAAGGGAUGUGUAACAUCGAACCAGCAGCAUCAUCGAAGAAAGAGAGAGGCUGUUAUUGAAACAGGAGUCCACUUCAUUUCCCAGGGUCCUUUGCGUUUGCGAAGCACACCAGCAAGUGAGAGCAGAGUGACCGGUCUGAAUCUGAACCUGGCCUUCAUUGCCGGAUGCCUUCUAGCAGCAAUUGCCAUGAUCUGUGGAGUGAUGAUUCAGAGAUUCAAGAGGGCUGCUGUACAGUAUCAGCCUUUGCCAACAACUGAGCAAUAAGAUAUCAGAUAUCAAACCACACUCUACGACCCAGAGUCUUUUCCAUUAUGAGUUUAUUAGCUUUCUUUGAGAUAAAUGUAAAUCACUUUUGAGAUUUUCAAAUGUAAAAAGUGGUGGGUGUGCCUGGGUGUUAGACAUGUCUUUCUGUGAUAUGUGAUCGUUUUUUUAGAGGGGGGGGGUUAGAUCUUAUUUUCUGUCACUUUAAAACUUAUGACACUUGCUAAUUAUUAAUGUUUUCAACCUUGCCUCACACUACCUUAUCAUAAAUGUUGGCAUAAUAUUUCGAAAGACUAUUCCAAAAAAUGAUUAACAAUUAUUAAUGACUACCGCUUGAAUAAAACAUGAAUGAUUCUCUUAA